AUGGCUGAAACGAGUGAAUCACAGGCUAGUGCAUCAGCGUCAGCGCCAGGCGGUGAUGCUGGCGGAGAGGAUGACAAACGAGAUGAACGAAUGUUGGAGUGCAAUAUAUGCCUGGAUACUGCUCGUGAUGCUGUAGUCAGCAUGUGCGGGCAUCUCUUCUGUUGGCCCUGCUUGCAUCAGUGGCUGGAGACACGGCCGAGUAGAAAAGUGUGCCCGGUUUGCAAAGCGGCCAUCAGUCGGGAUAAAGUAAUACCACUUUAUGGAAGAGGGAAUACUAAACAGGAGGAUCCCAGAAAUAAGGUGCCACCGCGGCCGGCCGGGCAGCGUACGGAGCCCGAGAACAACAGCGGCUUCCCCGGCUUCGGCUUCGGCGAGGGCUUCCACAUGUCCUUCGGCAUCGGAGCCUUCCCCUUCGGUGUCUUCACCUCCACGUUCAACUUUGGCGAUUCAAGACCUAGCGCUGCACCACACGGCACAGCGCAGUACGAAGAAGAACAGUUCCUCUCGAAGAUUUUUCUCUGGGUCGCCAUACUGUUCGUGUUAUGGUUGAUCUUCGCAUGA